AUGGCCGACUGUUCAAUAAAGAGACCGGUGGCAAUUGUUGAUGAUAUCCUUGUGAAAGUAGGGAAGUUCCUCCUCCCUGCGGACUUUGUUAUCCUCGAUUAUGAUGUUGAUAAAGAAAUACCUAUCAUCUUGGGGAGACCAUUCCUUGCUACCGGAAGAGCACUCAUGUAUUCGGAACGAAAUGAGAUCCAGAUCCGAGUAAAUGACGAAGAGGUUACCUUUGAAGCAAGUAAGGGUAUGAAAUUUCCACAUGCAUAUGAAAACAUCUCAGACAUUGAUAUUGUUGAUGAGGUAAAGGAUGCAAUCGAGUUGAAGAUGGAAGAAGAAUGCCUUGGUGAGGCAUUGGCGGCUAUUUUUGUAAUUUAUGAUGAUGAAGACAUGGAGGGAUACAUGGAAUCGGUAAAUGCAUUAGAAGGGCUUAGGUCCUACCCUUAUGCACCAAAGACUCUUUCUCUUGACUUAGAGAAUAUAGUCACUCCUCCCGCUAUGCCUUCAAUUAUUGAGCCUCCACAACUUGAGCUCAAACCACUUCCACAACACUUAUGGGAGCACAGACAGGCCAUUUGGUGGACAAUAGCGGACAUCCGAGGGGUCCCCACUGGAAUUUGUAAGCAUAAGAUACAAUUGGAGCAAGAGAGCAAACCUAGCGUGGAGCAUCAAAGAAGGUUAAACCCUUCCAUGCAAGAGGUGGUGAAGAAAGAAAUCAUAAAAUGGUUAGAUGCCGGGGUAGUCUACCCCAUUGCCGAUAGCCCCUGGUCGUAUGCCAUUUGGGCUAUUCAAUGCCCCGACUACCUUUCAACGGUGCAUGAUGUCAAUCUUCUUGGACAUGGUGGAGGAUUCCGUAGAGGUGUUUAUGGAUUAUUUCUUUGUAGUUGGCGUUUUAUCAGGGACUUCCCAAAAAUUGAAAAUCCAAUGUGCAAACUCCUUGAAAAAGAUGCAAAGUUUGAAUUUGAUGAGAAGUGUCUCAAAGCUUUUGAGGAAUUGAAGGCAAGGCUCACCACGGCACCUAUUACUGUCACACUUGAUUGGACCCUUCCAUUUGAACUCAUGUGUGACGCUAGUGGUAUAGCUAUUAAGGCGGUACUUGGUCAAUGGCAUAACAAGAUCCUUCAUCUUGUCUACUAUGCAAGCAAGACACUCAAUGGCGCACAAAUGAAUUACAUUGUGGCUGAGCAAGAACUGCUUGCCAUUGCCUAUGCUUUUGAAAAAUUCCGGGCCUAUUUGUUGGGGUCCAAAGUGAUAUUUUACAGUGAUCAUGCUGCUCUCCGCUAUCUUAUAGGGAAGAAGGAUGCUAUACCAAGAUUGAUUAGGUGGGUUCUUAUGUUACAAGAGUUUGACUUUCAAGUCAAAGAUCAGAAAUGGACAGAGAAUCAAGUUGCGGAUCACCUAUCUAGGCUUGAAGAGGUAGAGAGACCAAAAGAAGAUCUUGAAAUUAAUGAUGCCUUUCCAGAACCUUCGCUCCUUGGAGUUAGGUUAUACUAUUGGGAGGAACCCUUUCUGUUCCGUAUUUGUGCCGACAACAUCAUUCGGCGUUGUGUUCCAGAAGAUGAGGUAGUGCAAAUUCUCAAAGCAUGUCAUGACUCCCCAGUUGGGGGCCAUCAUGGUGGAAACUGUACUGCGACAAAAGUGCUUGAAUGUGGCUACUAUUGGCCAUUGAUAUACCAAGACGCAAAUCAGAUAGUCAAGAUAUGUGAUCAAUGUCAACGACAAGGGGCUAUCCUUAGUGAUGGUGGUUCUCACUUUUGCAACAAGGCCUUCACCGGGCUGCUCGAAAAGUACAGAGUCAAGCACAAGGUGGCCACCCCUUAUCAUCCUCAGUCGAGCGAGCAGGUUAAAGUGCCCAACAGGGAGAUCAAAAACGUCCUAGCAAAAAAUGUCAAUGCAAACAAGACUGACUGGUCAAGGAAGCUAGAUGAUGCAUUGUGGGCGUAUCGCACAUCAUUUAAGACUCCCAGUGGCACCUCACUAUACCAGUUGGUUUUUGGUAAGGCAUGUCACUUGCCAAUGGAGCUUGAACACAAAGUCAUGUGGGCAUUGAAAAAGUUGAAUCUUGAUUGGGCCAAAGCUAGUAACCUAAGAAUGACACAACGCAAUGAAGUGGAAUAA